AUGAAGUUUCAAACCCUCUGCUCCCUCGCCACCUUAGGCCUUGCCUUCGCCAACCCAAUCCAAAACCGCGGUCAAGAUUUCACCGACUGCGUCACAGGCGUCGUGAAGAAAGGCGUUACCCAAGGCUGCGCAACCCUUCCCAAGGCAUGCGGCGUGCUGGACGAGUUCACAGCAUGUACUACCGACGCUACUGCCCAAGUCACUGAUAUCACGGAUCUUGACCAGCGUCGCUCAGAAUGGCUGGCGUCUUUGAACAGCUGCGGCCAGACCUUAUGGGACGGGCUGAAGAACGCGGGAGUCUCGGAGGUUGAGUUGAACACACUGCAAGUAUCAUUCUUGGAGAUGACGAGCGAGAGUUUGACUAGCUGCUCCAAGUCUGCGUAG